AUGCGAAAUGAUGUUCAAUUGAUAAGAACAUUAUUUCGAAAUGAAAUCAUUGGUGAACGAGAUAAUCCAUGUGCUUUAAUAAUCAAUCAAAUUGAACUACAAAUUGAAGAAUUUGAAUUAAAUAAUUUUCGAAUAUUGACUGAAAUCGACAAACAAAUCGAAUUAAAAUUAUUCGAUUUAUCUAUCAAUCGAUAUAGUGAAGGUUGUCUGUAUAUUCUUUUCGGUAAUAAUCAUUGUUUCCUGCCAACAAAACAUUCAUGGACAAUGAUGAACAAAUUGUGGCCAUUAAUUGUUCGUCGAAGUUAUUCAAAAAAAAUCAGUAUCGAACGUUUGAUUCAAGAUUUGAAGAAACAAAUUGAAAAACAAUUUGUUACAAUUGCACUCAUCGAUAAUACAAAUCAGACAUCUGAACAUGCGGCAAUUGCACUAUGGCGUCCAUUAGAACCAAAUGAAAUAGAAAUCGGCAUAAAAAUUCGUGAAAAACGUCAUCAAACGAAUAUUCAAUCAUAUAAUCAUCUGAUCGAUACACUUUGUUCACUACUCAAUGAUGAAACAUCAACAUGGGGACAAAAAAAGAUGGCCAUGUCAUUUUUAUGUCUACUUCUUCAAAAACAUGUAUCAAUACCGUCAUCAUGUAUUGAAACUUGUCUUAAUUUUCUCAUUCAUGAUAAUAUUGAAUUACGAAAGCAUGCUGUCAAAGCUAUUGCAGCAUUUUGUCGUUUACAAAAACUACCUCGAAUUUAUGUUGAAAAAUCUCUUGACGAAAUUCUGAAGUUCAAUGAUCAAUUGCAACCAGGUGAUCGUGAUGAUAAUUUAUGGAUAACAUAUAAUAAUUAUAAAUUACCUGAACUACAAACUGAAUGGGAAGAAACAUGCUUCUUAGAUAAAAGGCAUCAUGGUUAUUAUCAAUGGCGAAAGUUGAUCAAAUAUCCAAUAAAUAAACGUGAACGUUACAAUUCUGACCGAAUGCCAAAACAUGUAUCAAUUAUUUUUGAUCGUUUUCUUGACAAAAAUUUCAUAGUAAAAUUAACUAAAGUUAUCAUAUUUGAUGAACGCGAGAUUGAAUUCAAUAAACUUCGAUUUUUGAUGUACAAGGGCCUCUUUCGUAAUUUCGGAAUGGCAUUUGUCAACAAUUUCAUCGAACAAUUGUACUUACUCAUUCGUGAAAAGAUACAAGAGAAAUACGAAGGUAGUCAUCGUGCAGCAUCCGAAAUUAUAGCCGGUAUAAUUCGUGGUUCGAAAUAUUGGACAUUAGAAAUGUUAGAUGAACUUUGGCAAAAAUUAACACCAUUUCUCACUGAAGUUAGCAAUAAUCUUAAUCAAGAAAGCUAUUUACAUUGGGGUUCUUGUUUUCGAUACUGUUUAAACGAUACAGAUCCUCGUCGAAUGUGUCGACCAAUUAAUUUCAUUUAUAAACUAAUCGAUCAGCAUUCAACAGCUUAUACAUUUAAUGAAGCAUCUCGAUGGUAUCUUGUUCAAAGUCUUCGAGUUUUACAAUGGCGUAUUCCAUCAAUAUGGUGUUCAAUUCAUGAAUACGCUAAAGAAUUACUCGAUCAUUCAUCGAAAUGGAUACGAGAACGUAUUGCUGUUAUAUUAGCGAUGUCAUUUGGACUUGAUCUGAAAUUAUUUGAUGGAAAAUCAGCACGUCAUCCGAAUACUGAUCAAUUCAGCGAAAGGAUGCGUGAACGAUUGCGUCAAGCUAUUGAUAUUUAUGAAAGUAAACCAUUGGUAAAUAUUUCCGGUUCAAGUAUUGAGCUUGAUGUCGAAGCUCGUCAAGCAUUAAAUUUAAUUGAAACAGGUAAAAUUAUUCUAUUCAAAAAUCAACUAUUUUCUUUGGAUAUAAUUUAG